CUCUCAGGAUGAGUGCUCGAGUGCGGGCCGCUUCCCAGGGUUCUCUGGAGGAGCCAGAUGACGAGGUGGUGCCCUACAGUGACGACGAGACAGACGACGAGUUACAGUCGGAAGAUGAUCUGGAUCGCAGAGAAGACCAGCUCCCAGAACCGGAAACCAUACCCGCACCUGCCGCCGAGCCCGGCUGGAGCAUCCGAGCCAAUGACAGGGAAUAUUGCAAUCAGCCCCAGUUCAAGAAGAAGGUCUUUCUGUGCAUCAAGAAAAGCAAAUAUUCUGGCAAUGCAAUCAAGACCUACAAAUACAACGUCUUCACCUUCCUGCCGCUGAACCUGUACGAGCAGUUUAAGAGAGUGGCCAACCUCUACUUCCUGUGUCUGCUGAUCCUGCAGAUCAUUCCUCAAAUCUCCACGCUGCCGUGGUACACCACCCUGGUGCCGUUAGUGCUGGUGUUGGGCAUCACUGCCAUUAAAGACCUGGUGGAUGACCUGGCACGACACAGGAUGGACAAAGAAAUCAACAACAGAAGGUGUGACGUGCUGCUCAAUGGCAGGUUUGAAAAAACCAGAUGGAUGAACCUACAAGUUGGUGACGUGGUCAGACUAAAGAAAAACGAUUUUAUCCCGGCCGAUAUUCUGUUGUUGUCCAGUUCAAAUCCCAACAGUCUGUGUUAUGUAGAGACGGCGGAGCUCGACGGAGAGACGAAUCUGAAGUUUAAGAUGGGUCUCAAGGUGACUGACGAGCGUCUUCAGGAGGAGAAUCAGUUGGCCCGGUUUAAUGCGUUGAUCAUGUGUGAGGAGCCCAACAACCGUCUGGAUAAGUUUGUGGGAACGAUGAUCUGGGACGCUCAGAGUUACCCGCUCGACCUGGACAACAUGCUGCUCAGAGGAUGCAAGAUUCGCAACACGGACGAGUGCCACGGCCUGGUCAUAUUCGCAGGAAAUGACACUAAAAUCAUGAGGAACGGAGGGAAGACCAGGUUCAAACGCACCCUGAUAGACAAACUCAUGAACUACAUGGUCUACACGAUCUUUGUGUUGUUGGUUUUGUUGUGCGCUGGUCUGGCCAUCGGACACACGUACUGGUACGAGAGCAUCGGCUCUAAGGCCUGGUAUCUGUACGACGGCCUCAACUACUCUUCAUCUUACCGAGGCUUCCUCAGUUUCUGGGGCUACAUCAUCAUCCUCAACACCAUGGUGCCCAUUUCUCUCUAUGUGAGCGUGGAGGUGAUCCGCCUGGGUCAGAGUAAAUUCAUUAACUGGGAUCUGCAGAUGUACUACGCUGACAAAGACACGCCGGCCAAAGCCAGAACCACCACGCUGAACGAGCAGCUGGGCCAGAUCGAGUACAUCUUCUCUGAUAAAACCGGCACGCUCACGCAGAACAUCAUGGCCUUCAAGAAGUGCACCAUUAGAGGACGCACUUACGGUGAUCCCACCAGUGCAGACGGUGUGGCCUUGGACCGUGGAAAGCCUGUGGAUUUCAGUUGGAAUGAGAAUGCCGACAAGAAGUUCGAGUUCGAAGACCAUUUCCUCGUUUCCUGUAUCCGUUCGAAGAAGGAUCCGCAAGUACUGGAGUUCUUCAAACUCCUGUCCUUGUGUCACACCGUCAUGGUGGAGCAGAAAGAGAAUGAGCUGGUGUACCAGGCCGCGUCUCCUGACGAGGGUGCUCUGGUCACGGCCGCACGCAACUUUGGGUUUGUGUUCCUGUCCCGAACGCAGGACACCAUCACCAUCAUGGAGCUGGACCAUGAGGAGACCUACAAGGUGCUCGCUCUGCUCGACUUCAACAGCGACCGCAAGCGCAUGUCCAUCAUCCUGAGAUUUCCAGAUGGUAGAAUCCGUCUGUACUGUAAGGGCGCAGACACUGUGAUCUACCAGCGACUGGAUGCCAAUAGCAAGAAUAAAGAAACCACGCAAGAAGCUCUGGAUAUCUUUGCGAACGAGACGCUGCGAACUCUGUGUCUGUGCUAUAAGGACAUCAGUCAGGCGGAGUACGACGCCUGGUCUCAGAAACACCAGGCCGCCAGCGUUUCGAUGGGGAACCGUGAGGAGGCUCUGGACGUGCUGUACGAAGAGAUCGAGAAAAACCUUCUGCUGUUGUAAAUUCACUGUAAACCACGGCUUCUUGGGGCUUAUUGCUUUAUUUUAAGCGAGAUAGGUUUGAUUUCUAAUGGGUUUUGGUUUGUCUCAUACUCAGAGACCGCUGAGAACAUCGGCUUCUCCUGCCAGCUGCUGACAGACGAUAUGAAGAUCCACUACGGAGAGGACGUGAAUGUUCAGCUGAGGAACAGACAGACCCAAAGGCGCAACGACCCUCAAGGACGCAAUAAGAAGCUGAAGGAGCCGUUUUUCACAGAGCCUGGCAAGAACGCGCUCGUCAUCACUGGAGGCUGGCUGACGGCAUAUGAAGACUGGUUCAUCACGCUGUACAACGUCUGCUACAGCAGUCUGCCUGUUCUCCUCGUCGGCCUUCUGGAUCAGGAUGUGAACGACAAACUGAGUUUGCGCUUCCCGAAGCUGUAUCUCCCGGGGCAGCAAGGAUCGCUGUUCAACUACAAGAACUUCUUCAUCAGCUUGUUCCACGGCAUCUUCACGUCCCUCAUGAUCUUCUUCAUCCCGUACGGCGCGUUCCUGCAGACCAUGGGACAGGACGGCGAGGCUCCGUCUGAUUACCAGUCCUUCGCUGUGGUCGCAGCCUCAUCGCUCAUCAUCACCGUCAACCUGCAGAUCUCGUUAAACACCUCCUACUGGACGUUCGUGAACUGUUUCGCGGUGCUCGGCAGUAUAGCCAUUUACUUUGGCGUCAUGUUUGACAUCCACAGCGCAGGAAUCCACGUCAUUUUCCCAACCACCUUCACUUUCACAGGCGCGGCGUCUAACGCUCUGAGACAGCCGUACCUGUGGCUGACCAUCAUCCUGACGGUGGGGACCUGUCUCCUUCCCGUCAUCUGCAUCCAGUUCCUCUAUCAGACCAUCUGUCCCUCGGUCGGAGACAAGGUCCAGAGGAACAGGAAGAAGUACGAGCUGGAGGAUGAAGAAGAGGAGAAGAAGAAGAGGAAGCCAACGUUCCAGCGCGGCGGACGCUCCCGUCGCUCCGCUUAUGCCUUCUCGCACUCACGCGGCUACGCCGACCUCAUCGCGUCGGGACGCAGCAUACGCCAGCGACCGCGUGUCCGGCCCGAGCUCAGAGAGAGCAUACGAGAGGUUCCUCAGGCCGAGAACAUCUGAAACCAGCCCCAGACGCUCACUACCCUGUCAUAUCUGAGCUGCCCACCGCAACGGGCCAAUAGGAAGAGGCCAAGUGUCAUUAAAGGGGAGGGACUAAUGAAAGAGCCAAUGGGAAAUGGGGACGAAGGGCUUUAAAGGGAAAGUACAAGUAAACACUCACCGCUGACCAGGACUGGUUUUAACGUUGUGCACUGCGUACAACAAAUUGUUUGUCUCAGGUUUUUUUUUUUUUACUUCAGAGUCACAAUUUUGUCAAAUGUAUUUUUUUUUAUUUUUUUGCACAAAUCGAAAGAGAGAAUGUGUGUUUCUAAUCUCACCGCCCAUUUAAAUCUUGUUUUAUACACUGCAGAUGGGUUUUUGACUUGUUUUUCAGUAAAAAUAUUACAACUUUCUUAAAGCAAUACAUAUUUAGUUUAAGAUAACAAUAUAUACAGAGAAUAUAUUUUGAGUUGCAUUUAUUUUUCUCACCACCUUGACCACUUUUUCUUGCUUUAAGCUA